UUUUUCUUCUUCUCUUUUUCAGAUCCUUGUUGAUGGUGAAACGGACUUUCCACUGCCAGUUGCUGCAAUCACUGUGAUAGCAUGACAUCAACUCCAAACUAGUGACAGUUCACGCUUUUCUGUUUGCGACAACUCCCCAAGCAACUUCCAAGAUGACUUCCAUAGGCAAUGCGACUCCGCUGGUUUGUUUGGUGGUUCUCAUUCUUGCCCUUCUUGUACCACCAGCAGCACAGCAAGGAGGAGCUAGCCCACCAAUUAACUGUCCCCAAAACACAGUUAGUGUUGGGGUGCUCAUUGCUGCCUGUGUGGCCGUUCUAGUUGGGACGUUAAUCUUUGAAGGCCUUGCCAUCCUAUGCUAUAGGAGGUACUGCAAGGACCGCGAGAAGCCGCAGAAGGUAGCUCAUCGGUUCAUGAUCUCACCCGAUCAGGAGCUGGUUGUGAAGGAGAAUCUUGGCUACGAAAGUGAUUCUGAUGCUCAGGAGCGGUCGCUGAGGGAAGCAAAGGAGAAGAAACGAGCAUCUAUCUUCAACAUCAGUGAGACUAAGGAUAACAUGAUGUAUGUACCCGCACUCUACCGUAACCCUAUCACCAAGGACCGUGACACCGGCUCUGCCAUCAUGAAUGGUUACCAUGACUAUGAGCCAGACUAUGGCAUGGACACCAUGUUCACCUAUAAUGCCGGUUGGGGCUCCCGUGUUCCUAACAUCCUCAGUGGCAAGGGCAACACUAACAGUCUUGAGUCCCUCUACACGGAUGCUGAUGAGUAUCCCAUCUUGCAUACCCCACAUGGAGUUGGCCCUGUGAACUUUGCAUCCUCAAAAUUCAGGGAUGGCUUUGGCCGAAAGAGCAUCGACAUCCAUGAAGAUGAUGGCGACGUAACCACCUAUACAUACACCACUGGUUUUGGGGGAAAGGUGCGGCGUGAGGUUGCCACGGUAACAUCAGAGACAGGUGACGAUAUUGAGAUCGAGGGAGACAGAGUCACCUGGCGGAAGUGUAAACUCCCGGACGAAGUCGUAUUGGAUAUGGACGAGGAAGAAGCCAAGCCUGAAACACGCAUUGCCAUUGAUGACAAUUUCACAAUUGGCAAACCAACAUCAACCAGACGCCAAGAAUACACCACAGCAGAAGUCCACAGCGAUUCACAAGGAACCAGUUAUGAUCCAUCUGGCAACUUCAUCCUUCGUGCAACACCCUCCACCUCCCGCUCAGACAGCAGUGAUGAUGACCUAUACGAUUACGGAGACAGCAUAGAGAGACAGCAGCAGACCCUGAACAUGCCGAAGCACUCACCAGGCACAAUUGGUCACGGUACAUUCCGAGCAACCGUCGGUGGAAUCCCCCUGGACCAUGGAUCUUCAGAAGAAGAAUCUCCGACUGAACUUUUCAACAGCAGGUACCGAUACAGCACCGGACUCAACAAAGCCAAAUUGGUUGCAAUGCGUGCCGCUGCUGCUGCCCAUGCCCGAGAAGGAAUCCUCAAUGAAGAAGAUCCGCCAGAAGAUCAAGGCCAAGACGGCAUGCCGCCAGUCAUGGGUUACAUCAAGCUUGUCAAACCUGAUGACUCUUCCCAAGAUGGAAGCAGUGAAGAACAGCAAUAUCAUGUAAUGCCAAGAAGAGAUUCAGACAGUCCAAACUCAGUACGGCUGUAUCCAGUUAACUCAAGAGGAAAACCAAUUUCAAUUCAGACCCAGUUACCCGGAGGUUUCUCUCGAGAUUCAUACAUCAGGCACCGUCAGGAGACCUACAUUGAGGUUUCAGAUGCAGGAGUGCAGUGUGAGAUAAUUCCACGAGGUGGCAGACCUGGUCAGGAGAAGACGAGUAUCUUGAGGAAAGAGCGAACAUCCUAUGACCAAGAGAUGAAUUCCGUUGAUGAUAUUCCAACCAUCGGUGUGAUCCGACUGAUGCAUCCCAAGUCAUCCAAGCAUGUAAGAAUAAGAGAGGAUCAGACUGAUUAUUCAACCAUGACAUUCAGUGAGGAGGAUCUUACCUCGGCCUCUCUUGAAGAUGUCAGCUACCGCUCCACAAGCCGGUCAAAUGAACGUAUGUCCCCAAGACCUCGCCGUGCAAGAUCAGCCCCAGCCAGAAGUGAACGUGCCCCCAUGACAGAGGAUGACCAGCGUCCCUUUGAAGAAGUACCAACGAUUGGAGUCAUUCGGCUUGUUCGUCCAGACAGUGCUUCUGACACCUCUGGUGUGGAUAGUGAGGUUACAAGUGGGGAAGAGUCAGUGCCCGGAGACAGAUUUCAUGGACCAAGGAAUGACAAGUGGACACAGCAUGAAGUUCCCAUUGUUCGGUUGGCUCAGCAGAUACUUCAAGAAAGUGUCAAUGAGAGGGGUUCAUCCCAGAGGUCUCUACAUCGAUUAGAUCAAGACAUGGGUGACAUACCAACUAUUGGAGUUGUAAGGUUGGUGCGCCCCAAAUCAACAACUCAUGAUGUGAGACCGAUGACAAGUUCAAGAGUGGAUGAGCGCUUUGAUGAAUCCGAAGAAACAAAUAGGCAGACAUCUUCCAGAGUAACUCCUGUUUCUGACAUGCCAACCAUUGGUGUCAUCAAAUUGUUGCAGCAAGAGUCCAGAAGGGAGCCUACUUCAAGGUUCCCGGUGUCAGUCAUAGACAGAGGAACCCAACCCAUUAAUACCUGGGCGCAGUUGCUGCGUGAGAUGCAUAGCAUGGUGGAGAGUGAAAUCUUGCGCAAGAUGAGCAAGAAGCAGCAUGAUCAACCAACCGAUGAGACCGAUGCUCUACCCCGUACAAUCAGUGUCAUCAAACUGAAGCGUGAGGAAGUACAAGUACAGCCUCAGGUUCCAUAUAGUUUGAUGGAUCAAUCAACUCAGAGCAGUGCUGAAAUGAGAGAUGAAGCAACAAUGCCAACCUUUGGCUGGUCACAUCUGAUCCAUGAGGUUGAAGACCAGAUAGAAGAACGGUAUAAGCGAAUGUCAGCCCCUGCUCCAAAGGAAGAAUUCCAGGCUACCAAGUCAGUCCAGAAACUUGGAGUAAUCCAGUUGAAAACAGCCCCAGAAAAGAUCAUCAGGGACAGUUUCACCCAGGUUUCUGGUCCAGACACAUAUGAGAAGAGCACAGGGCCUGCAUGGAGCUUCAAAGAACUAGUUGAAGAAGUGGAAGAAGAGGCUGUCCAGAAAUUCAAGAAAACCUUGAAACAACUUGACCGAUCAGCUGAACCACAGGACUUCCAUGAGCCAGUCCGUUCUGUCAGUGUAAUCAAGCUGAAGAAAGAACCAGGUCAAGAAAAGCUGGUUCGAGAUUCGGUAACUCAGAUAUCUGGACCCAACACUUAUGAGAAAAGUACCGGAUCCACCCUGACAUUUGCAGAAAUCAAAGAAGAAAUAGAGGAAGAGGCUGUCAGGGAGUUCAAGAGAACCUUGAGUCAGUUAGAUCGCCCGGCUGUUGUAUCUCAAGAUGGUCCACAACCAGUCCGAUCUGUCAGUGUGAUUAAACUGCAGAAGGAACCAGAGGCUGAAAAGCCAACAGUAACAAGCAGAGGGGUUCAACCAGAUCUACCAUGGCGGGAACUCAAAGAAGAAAUUGAAGAUGAGGCAAUUGAGGAGUAUAAAAAACAGAUGCGUCGAUUCCAGCCAAAAGAGGCUGUGCAACAAGUCCCAGAAACACAAGCUCCUACAGUGAGUGUUAUCAAACUUAAAGGUCCGAAGACCAAACCUGCACCUGAGAAAUGGGAUAACAUCACUCAGUGUGAUUUGAUCGAACCAAAACCUGUCAUGGCUGAUCAGGUGACCGAACCAGCACGACCAUGGUCUGAUGUCCUGCACAAUGUACGCAGAAUUUUGGAGAACGAGUACAGACGUACCAUCACUGAGCUUGAAACAAGACUGACAUCCUUACCCAAAGAUCAGCCCAUUGUCGAGACAGUUCCAACUGUUGCGGUCUUUAAACUGAAAGGACCAGAUGUGCAUGUGCAACCAGAGCCUGAAAAACCAAAAAUGAUGAAUGAGAAGACACAAGCAGCACCACGCACUUCUGAGCAAGAAACUGCCCCAGAAAGACCCUGGAAGAAUAUCCUCACAGACGUCAGGAAAAUUCUUGAAAACGAAUACAGGCGAACCAUUCGGGAGCUGGAAGACCAGUUGAGUGGCAGAGAUGAACCUGACUCUGGGAAGACCAUGGCCUAUUUCAAGCUCAGUGCCCCUGAGGUGCCCAAAGUGCAGACAGUGAGUAUGUACACACAAAUUGAUGCACCUCAAACUGGAGACCAAGGAACACUUCCCGAAAGACCAUGGGGAGAUCUUAUUCAAGAUGUUCGCAGUUCAGUUGAAAAUGAGUAUCGAGUCACGAUCAGAGAGCUUGAAUCUCAACUUGCUGAAAGACCUAAAGAUGUGACUAAGGAACCUACACGCUUAGGAAUCUUCAAGCUUAAAGGGCCAAAGCAACAAAAGGUGAAGAAACCAGUGCUUCAUGACACUUUUACUCAACCAGCGAAGCCCUGGUUGACACUGAUGAGUGAGAUGGAAGAAAAUGUAGAGCGGAGACUUUCAAUGAAAAAGAUCAAGCCAGUUGCUGUGGAACCGGAAAUUGUCCAACAGACCCAACAAGUGGUGGAAAUGACACCACAGAUAAAGCCUACAACAGCUGAUGUUAUGACACAAGCUUCUCAGCCAGCAACUAGUUCUAAAGCUUCCCAGAGUGUGUCUGUUCAGAGAUCCUCAAUGUCCACAGAAGCUAACAUCCAGCCAAAUGUUACUGAGCGAAGCACAUCAUGUGAUCUACUUAGACCAGGGAUAAGUGAGCAAGUACAAGUGAAACCCAUGACGGCAAUAAAAUCUACUGUGACUGAGGUCACCAAAUCUUCCGAUUUCUUCCAGCUUUUCAAGCCAGAGUUCUCCAUGCAAGAGACUCAAGCUUCACCAUCGAAAACAUCAACAGCUACAAUGCCUCAGAAGUCAUUGUUGCAAGAAGUGGGUAUCCAAACUCGUCCUUCAACUGAAGAUCUUGAGGUUAUUACAGAUCUUGUGUCUACUUCUGACUUGAGCAUACAGGUUGAAAUGCAGUCAACUCCAGAGAUUCCUAUCAUCACACCAACAAUCAUGCAGCCAGUUCAUGCACCCGUAACAUUCAAAGAACCAGAUGUAGAGAAGAUCGACUUUGCUGUUCAGGUUGUUCCUGAGAAGACCAGCAGAGCUUCAGCUACUGAGCUAAGAAAGUAUGUGGACAACUUUGUCCAGGUUGCCAGUCCAAAGCCAACUCAAGAAGUAUUCGGUGCUCAGGUACAGCCAGAUGUCACUGAUGGUCAUUCGUCUAUAGUGAUUGAAAUGAAGGAUGUGGGAACUGAUAAUUUGCAAGUUCAUUCGACUGAAAAGUCAACAGAAAUUAGCAUCGUAAAAGAACUGCUUGACCUCGCAGUCCAAGUUAAACCUGAAGUAAAAUCCAGGGUGGCUGCUACGGACAAGAAGAAAUACUCUGAUGUAUCUUCUCAGGCGGAUGAUGCACCAAUUGAAGAAAUGGCUGACACUCUUGACUCUUCCAUUCAAGCUGUACCAAACAUUAAUGUGUCAUUCACAAGCAUGGACACUCCAAAAUCGACUGAUGCCUUCACACAGCUCAAACCUCUUGUAAUUCAACAGGGAGACAAGUCUAUUCAGGUUAAUGCCAACAUGGCUGAGGUGGGAACAGAGACUCCAGUGGUAAGCUAUGUGGACAACAGCUCACAGAUGAAUAUCUCGACAUUAAGCCAACACGUCCAGGCACGAACACUUCAAGCAGACGCUACCACAGGAAAAGAGCUUCUAACAAAUGAGAUAUCUACACAACCUGACAUUGCCACAAAGCAGGAAGUUUCUGUACAAGUUUCCAUGGAAAUUGAGACAGAGCCAGCAAUUAUUAAAGCAGUUGUACAAAGCGAGCAGUACUCAAUGCCGACCCUACCUACCCCUGCUGAAGUGACAGAUUUUGCCAUGCAAACCAUGUCACAAACAGCAGAAUUUUCCAACCAAUAUGUGCCUCAAACAACUGACAAAUACACAGAGAAGAAAAUGGAUGGACACAGCUUUGCAUUACAGGUUUCUCAGAACAGCACAGACUCUUCCACAGAGACUAUGGAAGUUGUGCAAAAGACUGUUCCGGUACAAGUACGCCCUCGCACAGUAGACAAAGCAACAGAGUAUUCUGAAUCUAAACCUGAUGGUAUUGACAUUGGCAUUCAGUACAGCAUUGACAGCAAUGAAAUUGGUGUUAGUGCAGAGCCUCAAGUGAUUGACGAUGGUACAUUGAUGGAGAUCAAACUUCAGCUGGAUGUUGGCACUCAGGCAGACUGUGAAAUUACAGUAGAACCAGCAAUUAUCCAAGAAGUGAUAAAAGCUCCUGAAGAGUCUGUGGCACUGAUGAAUUGGGAUGUAGAGACAUCUGAUGCAGAUACACAAACUAUACAAGGAGAGACCACACAGCGAGGAACGUCACCAGAUGGCAUCAAGACUGCUGAUGCAGUAGUGCAGCAUGUUCAAUUACGAAACAUCAAAGAUGGCAGCGUCCAGGCAGAUCCUGAUGUCACAACAACAGGUACCUUGGCGUUUACAGUAGAUCACAUUGUGCAUGCUACCCAAGUUAAGCCACAGACUAUAGACCGUGGUAUGACAACAGUCAUACGAGGUUCCGUGGAAAGAAGUAACAUGGCCAAUCUGCUUCCAAAGGCUUAUGUCAAACCUCCAUCUAAGGAUGUGUCUGUCCAAAUGCAACCGGUCUCGAACUUGAAGACACAAAGUACCUUGACAGACAAGACUGAGAUGAAAUCCAUGCCAGUUCAGGCUUCACCAGCAACUAGCACCCAUGGACAGACAUCAAGACCAGAUGUCAUAGAGCAGUGGAGUAUGACAGAUGAGGCACCAGAGAAAGAAGUAAUUGAGCUUAUCAUUCCACAAAUAGAAAAACCAGUUGAGGCUCCCAUUCCCAUCCUGAAAGCAGAACUUCUGGACAAAACAACCCAGGUGAUUUUGCCAAGCACGAAUGACAUGUUCUCCUCAAUAGAGAUAUCUCAAACGCAGACUGCUACUCAGUAUGAUCAUGACAAUGAUGAAAUGUCCACUCAGACUGAUGUGGAAGCUGAACCUGAACUUACAAGCAGCAGCACUCAAAUGGAUGUUCAUGUGGUUGACACUACUGCCCAAACGAUACCUGUCAAGAGGGAAACAAUUGGCCUAUCUACUGAUGUCACCCAAUUCAGGGCAUCAUUUACCCAGUAUGAACCAGAACAAUUUAAGUCGUCUGCCUCCAAUCAAACAUCUGUUAAUACAUGUAGCACAGGGUUCUCCCCAGAAAAGAUUGUGCUUAAAUCGACUGGCAUUUCCCCAGAAAAGAGGGAUGUGACGACAUCAUCAACUCAAUAUCAAAAAAGUGUUACUGAAGACAGCAGUAUGCAAACUGAAGAGCAGGAAGAACUAGAAAUCAUUGAAGAAAUAGUGUCCUUGGAAAAGAUUGAGACACUGGAGUCUGCUCCUAUAUUCCCGGAGGUAGAACUGACGAAUACAGACACUCAAACUGAAAGGGAAGUGUUACCGAUAAUGAGCGAUGUUGGUUCCCAACAUGAAGUCGGCAUUAAAACAUCUGUUGUUCAAACUAUUCAAGUGAAACUUGAGUCAAAAGCUAUGUCAACAACUGGGCCCCAGCUAAGGGAGUCAGUAGUCCAGUAUGAGCCUGAACGUUUCAGGACAGCUGUCUCAUCUCAGACAACAGUUCCAACACGCACUACCGGGUCUUCAACAGAGAAAGCAUCCUUCAAGACAACUGGAGUGUCUCCUGUUAAAGUUGAUGUGAAAGCUUCAUCUACUCAAUACCAGAUUGCUGUCUUGCAGGACAACAGCAUGCAGACAGAAGACCAAGAAGAACCAAUUUCAAUUGAAGAAUUCAUCACUGUUGAGCGAGCCCCAGUUGUCGAAUUCAUGCCUGAAUACCCUGCAGUGGAGCUGGCUGAUGCAGAAACACAAGCCGAAUUGGUUACAACUGAUAGAGCAAUCCUUACUGACCCAGAGACACAUAUAGUCAUGAAAUCAUCAGAUGUUCAAACAGUAAAGUUACAGCUUAAAAGCAAGUUUACAUCAACAUUUGGCCCGCAGCUGAAGGAAUCAGUUGUCCAGUAUGAGCCUGAACGCUUUAGGAUGGCUGCCUCGUCCCAGACAACAGUCCCAACACGUACUACAGGAUCUUCCACUGAGAAGGCAUACUUCAAAACAACUGGAGUGUCUCCUGAUAAAGUUAAUGUGAAUUCUUCUUCUACUCAGUACCAGAUGACUAUCACCCAAGACAACAGUAUGCAAACAGAAGAAAAGGAGGAACCAAUUCCACUAGAAGAAUUGGUAACUGUUGAACAAGCCCCAGUUGUUGAAUUCAUGCCUGAAUACCCUGCAGUGGAGCUGGCUGAUGCAGAAACACAAGCAGAGUUGGUUACAACUGAUAAAGCAAUCCUUACUGACCCAGAGAUACAUAAAGUCAUGAAAUCAUCAGAUGUUCAAACAGCAAAGUUACAGCUUGAAAGCAAGUUUACAUCGACAUUUGGCCCGCAGCUGAAGGAAUCAGUUGUCCAGUAUGAGCCUGAACGCUUUAGGAUGGCUGCCUCGUCCCAGACAACAGUCCCAACACGCACUACAGGAUCUUCCACUGAGAAGGCAUCCUUCAAAACAACUGGAGUGUCUCCUGAUAAAGUUAAUGUAAAAGCUUCUUCUACUCAGUACCAGAUGACGAUCACCCAAGACAACAGCAUGCAAACAGAAGAAAAGGAGGAACCAAUUCCACUAGAAGAAUUGGUAACUGUUGAACAAGCCCCAGUUGUUGAAUUCAUGCCUGAAUACCCUGCAGUGGAGCUGGCUGAUGCAGAAACACAAGCCGAGUUGGUUACAACUGAUAGAGCAAUCCUUACUGACCCAGAGACACAUAAAGUCAUGAAAUCAUCAGAUGUUCAAACAGCAAAGUUACAGCUUGAAAGCAAGUUUACAUCGACAUUUGGCCCGCAGCUGAAGGAAUCAGUUGUCCAGUAUGAGCCUGAACGCUUUAGGAUGGCUGCCUCGUCCCAGACAACAGUCCCAACACGCACUACAGGAUCUUCCACUGAGAAGGCAUCCUUCAAAACAACUGGAGUGUCUCCUGAUAAAGUUAAUGUGAAAGCUUCUUCUACUCAGUACCAGAUGACUAUUACCCAAGACAACAGCAUGCAAACAGAAGAAAAGGAGGAACCAAUUCCACUAGAAGAAUUGGUAACUGUUGAACAAGCCCCAGUUGUUGAAUUCAUGCCUGAAUACCCUGCAGUGGAGCUGGCUGAUGCAGAAACACAAGCCGAGUUGGUUACAACUGAUAGAGCAAUCCUUACUGACCCAGAGACACAUAAAGUCAUGAAAUCAUCAGAUGUUCAAACAGCAAAGUUACAGCUUGAAAGCAAGUUUACAUCGACAUUUGGCCCGCAGCUGAAGGAAUCAGUUGUCCAGUAUGAGCCUGAACGCUUUAGGAUGGCUGCCUCGUCCCAGACAACAGUCCCAACACGCACUACAGGAUCUUCCACUGAGAAGGCAUCCUUCAAAACAACUGGAGUGUCUCCUGAUAAAGUUAAUGUGAAAGCUUCUUCUACUCAGUACCAGAUAACUAUCACCCAAGAUAACAGCAUGCAAACAGAAGAAAAGGAGGAACCAAUUCCACUAGAAGAAUUGGUAACUGUUGAACAAGCCCCAGUUGUUGAAUUCAUGCCCGAUUUCCCACCAGUGGAGCUUGUUGAUGCAGAAACACAAGCUGAACCAGUCACAACUGAUAGAGCUAUCCUCACCAGACCAGAGAGCCGGGAAAAAACAACUUCAACGUUUGUUAAGAAGUACACCCAGGCUUAUGUGCAGAAUGUUCCUAGAAUGACUUCUGUAAGUCAACAGAUGACAAUGCAAAGGCCACAGUUAGUCUCGCAAGGCACUACCAUGGUGAAGAUUCAGUUGACUUCUAUACCAACACAAGCCCAACCUUCCACUAGGGCAUUUGGCCAGAUGAUGGAGCCCAUGGUUAAUGACCACUGGAGCAUGACAGAUGAAGAACCAGUUGAAGAAAUGAUUGCGUCUCAGGUAGCAACUGUGGUUGAAAGCAUGCCAGAGUUGCCUGUAGAAACACAAGAUGCGGAUGUCCAAGUUGAACCCAAAACAUCAAACAUUGCUAUAGAAACUUAUCCUGAAACAGCAGAGCAAGGCAGCCUUGUUCAACCAGAAACACGCGAAGUUCCAUCUCAGAUGUCAAUUCACCAGGCAACUGUUUCUGCACAGGCAACUGUUAAACACUCAACCAUGUCUUCUCAGACUGAUCAAGAGGAGAAGAAACGCUUGAAAAAUUCAGGGGUUCAAACUCAGCAAUAUCUGGUCACAAGCAGCAGCUAUGUCCCAUUGAAAGAGAAGAGCUACAAGUCUGUUGAGCAUAUGGGCGACUUGGUGGGCAUACAGCCACGUGGACCAAUCAAGACACAGCAUAAGAACUUGCAGGCGUCAGUUUCCACUGCUACUAUGAUGUCGCAGUCCACUGGACCUGAACAGACAGCAACAGGCUUCCAGACAGAGGAGAUGAUUGAGGUCACUGAUAUGGAGGUCCAAACGAACCCGGUAACCAUCAUAGACUUUGUUCCUGUGCUUAAGGAUUCUACUGUGCAGUAUGAGCCCAUGUAUUUCUACAGUGCAUCCACACAGGCAGAAAUACCCACAAUGCAUCAACACGUAAGUGCUGUUGUACAAAACCGAAACCAAGAAACAACCACACACAUCAUUAAGGUGCAACCUUCAUCAAGUCAAACAGAAGCCCAUCAAGGUGAGGAUAACAGCUCACAGACGGAUGCGAUGUCUGAACCAGAACCUCUCAUUGCACCCAUGAAGAUUGAACCAGUCCUCUUUGCUCCACCUGCACUGCUUCCCGAGACACAGGUUGCUGAAUCUCAAACUGAUAAUGUAGUAUCAACAGACCAAAGUACCUCAAUAAAGCUACCUAAGCUACUACACACCUAUGCUCAAGUCGGUCCUCGGAUGCAGGAUACCAACACCAUGACACCUGUGAAGCAGUAUGCUCCGGUUGCUGUACAAAAUGAACCCGAAAUGUUGUCUCAAAUGAUGCAGACCUCACCUGAUGUCAGAGAGGGAAUGACACUGACGGAGAAACCAGACAUCACUGAUCAAGCUUCCCAGCAUGACACUGCCUCUAUGCAUAUAUCAUCACAGGCAGCCCCAGAGUCCUAUGAUGCCUCAACCUCCUUUGAUCUGGUUGUUCAGGAAUUGAUCGAAGCUGGAACACAGCACAUCAUAGAACUGAGAAAUUUUGAAACUCAGACACACACAGACAAACGUGAUCAAGCCUCAUUCGUUGACAUUCAGAUGCAAGAAUCUGACUGCCAGACAGAACUGACAAUAGAGGACCUGGAAGAAAUGCUGGCAACUCUGAAGCAGAAACUUGAUGAAAAGCCCAUGGUGCAGGAAUUCAUCAUUCCUGAACAACUCAAUCCUGUUGAGUCUCCCAUGAGUUUCCCUAUUGAUACAGAGGACUCUGGAAUCCAAACCUUCCUAGAAACUGUCCAAAGGAGCACAUCACCCAUUCUCCUGGAGGUUAAGCAUGCCAUUACCCAGUAUGAAGCAGAACUGAAGGAGUUUGGUGUACAAGUGAAGCCUGAUGUCAUUGACAAAGAAAUAGAGACCUUUAUAGUCAAAGUACAUGAUGCAGCGAUUCAGUAUGCUUCGCUAUAUGGCAAGGACAAACCUACACAAUUUUCCCCAGACGUCAAUGAUGCUGAGUCACUCACAGAUCAGAAAGAAUAUCAGCACAGUUAUACAAAUACCAAGUCAAUUUCACUUUCAUCAAAAACAAUGCAGGCUAACCCACAGAACAUGGACAAGGCAACAACUCCUACAUUACAGCAGUACGACAAAAGAGCAACCCAGACAUCAGCUGCUGAAACGGUUACCAGAGGGACGCAGAGAGAGUAUGCUCCGGUUGCUGAACAAAAUGAACCCGAAAUGUUGUCUCAAAUGAUGCAGACCUCACCUGAUGUCAGAGAGGGAAUGACACUGACGGAGAAACCAGACAUCACUGAUCAAGCUUCCCAGCAUGACACUGCCUCUAUGCAUGUAUCAUCACAGGCAGCCCCAGAGUCCUAUGAUGCCUCAACCUCCUUUGAUCUGGUUGUUCAGGAAUUGAUCGAAGCUGGAACACAGCACAUCAUAGAACUGAGAAAUUUUGAAACUCAGACACACACAGACAAACGUGAUCAAGCCUCAUUCGUUGACAUUCAGAUGCAAGAAUCUGACUGCCAGACAGAACUGACAAUAGAGGACCUGGAAGAAAUGCUGGCAACUCUGAAGCAGAAACUUGAUGGAAAGCCCAUGGUGCAGGAAUUCAUCAUUCCUGAACAACUCAAUCCUGUUGAGUCUCCCAUGAGUUUCCCUAUUGAUACAGAGGACUCUGGAGUCCAAACCUUCCUAGAAACUGUCCAAAGGAGCACAUCACCCAUUCUCCUGGAGGUUAAGCAUGCCAUUACCCAGUAUGAAGCAGAGCUGAAGGAGUUUGGUGUACAAGUGAAGCCUGAUGUCAUUGACAAAGAAAUGGAGACCUUUAUAGUCAAAGUACAUGAUGCAGCGAUUCAGUAUGCUUCGCUAUAUGGCAAGGACAAACCUACACAAUUUUCCCCAGACGUCAAUGAUGCUGGGUCACUCACAGAUCAGAAAGAAUAUCAGCACAGUUAUACAAAUACCAAGUCAAUUUCACUUUCAUCAAAAACAAUGCAGGCUAACCCACAGAACAUGGACAAGGCAACAACUCCUACAUUACAGCAGUACGACAAAAGAGCAACCCAGACAUCAGCUGCUGAAAUGGUUACCAGAUGGACGCAGAGAGAAAUCUUAUGGGCUGAUGCUCCUAUUCAGGUCAGACCUGUUCUUGAUGAUGCCACAUCUCAAACGGAUACAAUAAUAAAAGAGGAUAUUGCAGCCAUUCUGAAACCAAUAGAGAAGAAAGAAGUAAGACUAGAGAUGAAGUCAUUCAAGGAGACCAACACAGUCGAAAUUCAAACAGAUCCUGUCAUCAUCAAAUCUGCUAGACCUGAUGAUGAUGAUGAAUCAUGGCUCGACAGUGGAAUUGACACAGAUGUUCAAACAGAUCCAGUUGUCAUUCUUUCUGAUUUGGAUUCUGAGAUUGAAUUGAUGGAUGAGGACAGUCAGACAUGUCCAAUUGACAUGAUUGAUGCUGAUAUCCAGGUUGAGACCAGAAAGGAGGUAAAUGAUACAACUUCGCAAACCUCUCCUCAGCCACAGGUCGACAAAACAGUACAGACGAUGCCAAAGCAGAUUUCUUAUGCUAGUACUGUAACAACAACUCCCAUGGUUAGACCAAUCUCCUCUCAAACUUUCCCCACCAAAACAGCAACAAAGGGAUUCCAGUUUGAACCAGUGCCAUAUUUGACCAACGAAGACAUUGACACUCAAACUCCAGGAACUCUGACCAAGGAACAAGGGACACACGCACUGGAAAGCCAGGUGGAGACUUCAACUACACAAACUGAUGAGAUGCCAGUAAUUGAACCUGAGAUUAUUCAUGUCGCCAACCUCCAACCUGUUGAAGCACAAAUGACUUUCUCUGCUCCAGAAGCAGAAGUCAUAGAUACCGGAGUGCAGGCAAGUACUGAAGUAACUGACGAAGAUUCACAAACAACUAGAGUCUUCACAACAGACAGACCCUCUUCACCAGGAAUCAGUUAUGCUGUAGCUGAAUCACAGACUGUCUCUCCAGCCCAUCGGACGAAAGAUACACAGUAUGAACCAAAUGCAGCACAGAAGAAAACUCAGACAGAAGCAACGGUUACUGUUAGCAUGGGUACUGCCACUUAUCAGGUGAUUUCACAAGAUAUUUGCCUCCAGACUUUCUUGGAAACCAAGCCAGAGAUUGUUGACAGAUCAAUGCAGCAUGCUGCCGUGGUCUUCACAGGAUACUCUCAGACUGAGGAGACUCAGCAUCAGCAUGAAGAAACACAAACAGAUCAGGUUGAUGAAGAAAUCCAAUUCAUCACUCCAUCUCCAGAAUUCCUUGAAGCUUUCACACAGACAACUGACAAGAGGUCCAAUGCAGGAGCUCAAACAGAGGGUCUACAUGUUGUGGAGAGUGGCACUAACGCACCUUUAACAAAAAAGCAAGUUGGGGUGACCCAGACACUAAGGACGAGUACAUGGAGCGAGGGCACAGUAACAGAACCAUUGAAGUCUGUAAGUAUGGCAGUGCAGACAGAUGCCAUUCCAGUUCGUGUUGUGGAUGAACACAUCUCUCCAGUACACCUGCAACCAGUACAUGCACCUCUGAAACUUCCUGAGUACAAACCAGAGCUAAAGGAUGCCUCUAUCCAGGCUGAUGUAAAGACUAAUGAAAGGUCAAUGCAACAUGAGAGUGAAAACACUCAAUUCAACAUCUUUUCAACGAGAGUGGUCAAGGGAGAAGUGAAACCAACGGUCCUGAGUGAAUUUUCAAUGACACCACAAAAGAAACACUUCAUCAGUCAUCUUGAAUCAUCUGCAUACCCGAAGGAAGAAACGCUUACUUACAAACAUUUUGUUCAUGCACACACUCAAGUCAAACCGGAGGUGGAUGAGGUACCAGUCCAAGUGCAGCCUCUUCAGGAUGACCGUUCAACAGCUACAGAGGAACAAAUCUUCACCAGUACUGAGGUGCAGACAGAGUUUGCUGAAGAACCGAUGAAGGAAGUCAUCAGAGUUAGUCAGGUUCCUCUGCAACAAACACCCUUCCUUGACUUGGGUCCGAUUCUCAUGGAUUCUGGCGUACAAGUUAAACCAAAGACAACUGACCAUGGUAUGUCUCCCAUUGAACUUGAACGUGGACCGAUGCUACUUGACACCGCUGCCCAGCACGAGAUUUAUUCAGAAAAUGCUUUCAGCCAGACCUUUACCUAUCAGCAGGAAAAAAGUACAUACACCAGCAUUGAUGUCCGACAGGAAAGCUCGCAAGCAACAACAGAGAAGAAAGAUUCUGGAGUGCAAGCUAAGACUCCCAAGCAUUUUGUUCAUGCACGGACACAAGUCAAACCAGAUGUCGAUGACAUACCAGUCCAGGUACAGCCUAUUCAGGAUGACCAAUCAACAGCUACUGAGGAAAUUAUCUUCACCAGUAUUGAGGUACAGACAGAAUUUGCUGAAGAACCGAUGGAGGAAGUCAUCAGAAUAAGUCAUGUGCCUGAACAACAAACACCAUUCCUUGAUUUGGGUCCAAUUCUUAUAGAUACUGGCACACAAGUUGAGCCAAAGACAAGUGAUCAAGGUAUGUCUGCCGUUGAUCCCGGACCAGUGUUGCUUGAUGCUACUGCUCAGCAUGAGAUCUAUCUUGAACAUGCUGUCAGCCAGACCUUCAUUGAUCAGCAAGAAAAGAGUACCUACACCACAGUUAAUGUAAGACAGGAGAGCUCACAAGCAACAACAGAGAAGAGAGAUGCAGGGGUACAAGCCAAAACAGAAAGAGAGGUUAGCCUGAUGACAUCGGGCAUCCAGACUGUUGUCAUCCAUGAAGAAAAACCACAAAUGAUUGACAUGGCAAUGCAGUUCAGGCCGCUAAACACCGACCAGGCUACUCUGACAAGCAUCGUUGCGACAACCAGCUCUCUCAGCAACACUGAACCUGUCAAUAUGAGGCAGGCCAUGGUCCAAGUUGGAAUUAAACCAGAUACAGAAUCCAGAGCUACCCUGACUACACCUAAGUACGUAAGAAACAUCACCACUCAGGCAGAGACAAAAUGUUAUGAUGCAUGUGUCCAACAUGAUGAUCUCCCUGAUUUGGCUGACAAGGGUCUUCAGAUCAAGCCAGUGAUGGUUGAUGAUACAUCAGAGACGGUUCAAUCAAGGCAUGUCGAUAGGCCAACCCAAGUCGACAUGGAUGGCAUGAAACCAGAAACAACUGAUGUCUCCAUUCAGCAUGGUGAGGAAAAGGAUAUGAGAGACAAAAUCUCCCAAGUUAAGCCGAUAUCAACCGAGGCGGGAGUGUUGACAGAAGUUUUCACAAAAGACAAAGGCAACCAGGCUAAUUUUGCUCCAGAAGUUUAUGAAAUCAUUCGUCCUGAUGUCACAGAGCUACAGCACGCUCCUGUUCCAUUCCCUGAAGUCAUGACAACAGACAAGUCCAUUCAACAUCAACCUUCAGUUGAUAUACAGACUGUGCAGACCAGCAUCGAUGUCAGUGAGCGAGCAUCAUCCCCAGUUGGUCCUGAUUACAGUGAUGUCUCAUCUCAGACUCGAACAGACGCCUCUAACAUAGGACUGCAGACAAACUUCCAAGAAACCUCAACAGCUGAGGUUCAGGCUGUAAUGUCCUAUUUCAGUGAGGAGUCUUACAAGAUGGAGUCUGUUGAGGAAGACUUGAUUAGUGCACAGGUAGUCACAGAAGAACAGCACAUUGCACCUUUACCAACAGUGCAGUAUCAAGAUGCCGAAAUGCAGUAUAACCCAACCACUGAGGAUUCAACAACAGAAACUGUAUCAACUGGAAUCGAUUUCGCGAACCAGUCACAACCUCUGACCAUUGAGCAAGGAACAACUACUGACAUCACUAAGCACUCCCAGGCUGAGGUUCAAGUUGAUAUUGGAAACAGCUCGGUUAUAACUCAUGAAACAGCAGUACAGCAUGAGAGGAUGUUUAAGCCAGUGGAUGUGUUUACACAAGCUCAUCCUCUGACUGUGGAGGAAGGAACAUCCACAAUGCCACUGAAGAAAACUGAAGUGUCUGUUCAGUACAUUGCACCAUCAGACAAAAGGCCAUCCUCUCCACGGAUUGUCACGCAAACUUCUGACAAAGGAACAUUAGCUCAGUAUGUAACAUCCCAAUCUUCAACACAGACAAUCCUGUUCAAAUCGGAUGUCGGUAUACAGUCUAAACCAAACACCAAGUCGGAGCUGACUCAUGCUGCCAUCAAACCUGAUUCUCACGACCAAUCUACAGCGACCAAACCUGAUGUGCGAGUAUUUGAAACCCAAACAUUCUUCCCGAAGAAGAGUGAGGGCUCCCAGUGUGACCAAACUACUCUUGUGCACAACACCUCUCAGUAUGAAAGAAUGUUUGUUGAGGACAACUCUGUCCAAGUCAAGCCGGUCAUCAGAGAGCAAGCAAACUCUCCUAUCUUCAAGAGGAAAGAGGUUGACAAUGCUUCUUCCCAGACAGACACUCUACCAGAGGACAUGGACAGCUCCAUCGAAGAUCUCAUCAGAUCAGCUCCACAUCAACCCUUCAAACCACAGGCUGACAGUGACUUCAUGCACGACUACUCAGACCGACUCUGUGAGUACCUCGACCGAGAUGAACAAAUGCCAGUCCAUGUUGAGCAUCCCAUCGAAAGGAUCAAGGAAUUAUCUCAAUUUGUACCACGCCAGGAAAAUUCCUCACCUAUAUGGGACUACGCUGGUGAUUUCUCCAGCCGCCUGUAUGAUACUGAAAUGACUGAAAGUAUAGACAUCAUUGACAGACUUUUCACAUCAAAUCAGAGCACCUUCGAAUUGGAGGAACCUAUUGCAAAAGAUGAGACUGACCAACAGCUGUCUGCACCCAAAUAUUACAUUGAGUCUGCUGUUCAGACUGGUCCCCUGCGAACCAAGGAAAGGAGCACAUCACCCCUGUUUCCUCCAACAAAGGAAGCCCAGAGCCAGUUUGAUAAAGACAUUGGCCACACAGACACCAAUGUCCAAGCUAGCCCAAUUACAGCCAGUGAAUCCAGCUACACUGCCCCAGUGUUCAGUCAAGAUGUCUCUGCACAAGUUGACUUUGACAUUGAAGAGGUUCCAACCAGUGAUGCAGCAACACAGCAUUACACACUUGGCCAGGAUAUCUCUGCUCAAGUUGAACCACUGAUGACAGAUGCUGGCAUGACUUGCAAGGUAGACAGCACACCUACUUCCACUCAAGCCAAACCUGAAACAUUGGAACAAGGGACAUCAACUCUGAAACAAUCAACACCAACUUCAGACAUGCAGACUCAGGCAAAGCCAGAUGCAGUUGCUAAAACGACCUCGCCACUGGCCAUCCGAAAGAACCAAAUGGCAGUGCAAACAAAGGUCGACCAACGUCACAUCCCAACUCAGUAUGACAGGGUGAGCUCUGCUGAUGCAGUUGUUCAGAUGAGCCCACAGUCCCUGGAGAAGGGGACAUCAACCAAGCCUGAGAACAGGGAUGUAUCAAUCUACGUCAUUCCUACCCAGCGCCAUGAGUCUACACAAUACGAGCAGAGCAUCAAAACUAUGGACUUCAUGGUACAGUAUCGUGCCCAGCAUCUUGACAUCUCAACGCAGUCUAUUGAAUUCAAAGCUACAUGUCUAGAUCGGGCCAGCUCCCCAAUUAACAUGACACCUGAAAAGAUUCUUCAGGACAUCAGCCCCAUCACAGAAUCUCCAAUCCAGCCAGUGAUGGUCCAGCAGGUUUCCGCAUCUCCAACACGAUUGCAACCUUUCAGUCGAGUUGAUGAUACAGAGCUCCGUCAAGAAAUCCGAAAUGAAAUCAGGAUGAAAGUGAUACAUGAAAUACGAGAGGAGAUACGGGAGGAGGUACGAGAAGAAGUACGAAAGAACCAGAUGGCAGUGCAAACAAAGGUUGACCAACAUUACAUUCCCACUCAGUAUGACAGGGUGAGCUCUGCUGAUAAAGUUGUUCAGAUGAGCCCACAGUCUCUUGAAAAGGGUACAUCAACCAAGCCUCAAAACAGGGAUGUAUCCAUCCAUGUCAUUCCUACCCAGCGCCAUGAGACUACACAGUACGAGCAGAGCAUCAAAACUAUGGACUUUAUGGUACAGUAUCGUGCCCAGCAUCUUGACAUCUCAACUCAGUCUAUUGAGUCCAAAGCUGCAUGUCUUGAUCGGGCAAGCUCCCCCAUCAACAUGGCACCUGAAAAGAUUCUUCAGGACACAAGCCCCAUCGCAGAAUCUCCAAUAAAGCCAGUUUUGGUCCAGCAGGUUUCAGCAUCCCCAACACGGUUGCAGCCUUUCAGUCCAAUUGAUGAUACAGAAGUCCGUCAAGAAAUCCGAAACGAAAUCAGGAUGGAAGUGAUACGUGAAAUACGAGAGGAGAUACGGGAGGAGGUGCGACAGGAGAUAUGGGAGGAGGUACGAGAGGAACUUCUGCAUGAAGUCCAACAUGAGGUAAAUUCAAGGGUUGAGAUGGAGGUACGCGAUGAACUGAGGACAGAGCUUGAGAUCACAGUUCGUGAAGAGCUCCGGGAGGAGUUCAUUGAAGAAUACAAGGAAGAAAUCCUGAUUGAGAUCAAAGAAGAAUUAAAGGUUGAGUUUGAAUCUCGAAUAAGGCUCGAAUUUGAAGAACGUACAAGAGAUGACUUGGAGUUUAAGAUCAGAAGAGAAAUUGAGCCUCGGGUACGAAGUGAUUUAGAGCCAAUAAUUCGCAGAGAGCUGGAACAAGAGUACAUCAAGGAAACAAUCCAUGAGGUAAGGACCGAGGCACCUGUGAUGUACCAGCCUUCUGAGUAUAAGGCAGAACCAGUCAAGCCACUAAUGCUGGACCGUGGAACCUCCCCAGUCAUGAAAAACCUACAUGAUGCUCCUACUCAAGUAAGCACAGUUACUAAAGAUAGAUCGUCACAGUAUGAUAAACCAAGCAAACCGGUUGAUGGCAUCACACAGACCAAGGUGUACACAGUUGAGUGUGGAACUACGCCAGACAAUGUUCGAACUUCAGAUGCCCCAGUGCAAGCCCAGCCAAGCAUGACCCAUCGUGGGACAACACCAAGUGAAAAGCCAAGUCGUGAGUCUGGAAUUCAAGUUGUGGUGCAGAAGAUGGACAAGUGCGAUCAGUACGAAGCCAAACCAAGCCAGUCAGAUGUGUCUGUCCAGUUCUCUCAUGAUCCUCAGACAGUUGGAUUUCUGUGCCAGGUACAACCAGACACUGAUGAGCAAGGUACAUCGAUGGAAGUCACGAAGAUACAUCAAACAUAUGUACAGACACAAAAUCCCCUCAUAAGAUCUGAGAAUACACAAACUGUCACCGAUCAGAUGGAUGCAACCUGCCAGUCUGAACCUGUAUUCCACAGAGACACUACAAUGCAAGUCAAGCCUGUGACUUUUGAUAAGAGCACUUCUACUCAACCUCAAGAGACAGGUGAUUAUUCAACUCAGGUGGAACUCAUUGAACCGUAUGAAACCACUCAGAAGAUCUCUGUCAAGCAGCAAGACAGUUCAGUACAAUACGAGCGAAGCAUGGACGUGACAGACAGGAGACUCCAGGCCAAACCAGUGGUUAGAGAGCAGGCCAAUUCUCCAUUGUCAUUCCUCACAUUUGAUAUAAUCAGCCCUCAAAGGCAAGAUCCAGUCCAUGCACCAUUUUACACAGUCCAAACGAGAGAUGCACCUAAUGAGCGUGCUUACAUUACAGAAAUAAUAACAGGAGAGAAGGUUCCACCAGCAGAGCAAACACUACCAAUGUUCACCUCGCCCAAUACUUCAGCAGAACCCACAAGUUCCAAAUUCUCAUACAGCUUCAAUGAUAGACCAGGCUCCACUCAUCAAGCCAAGAGUCCUUUAGAACCACUGGUUGCAAGGUUGGACUAUGUCCCCAUGAAGUCAACAGACCUGGACGCAAUCAGACCAACUGUGUCAAGGACCUCAUACAGGAGCUCCUAUGAGUCAUCGUACGAGUCAAGUAGUCGAUUCACGAGAGACGUCCUACAAUCCAUGCCACCAAGGUGUGGGAUGAUUCUGCUCCAAACAACUGCAGCUGGUACAACCUACACCAGUGCGUUCAGGACAUCAACACCAACGACUCGUGUUUCAGAUCCUUCCACAUCACUCUUUUCUCGCACAAGCAUUCUAGAGCAAGGGAAACCUGUAGAAUCCACACCCCCAAUCACAUCUCCAAUCUUGUCAGACACCGAAUCUGACAGUUUACCAGAAAUGUCAGAGCUGGAGAAGAUUCGUCGUGACCUCCGACUUUCCAAGGUGAUUGUGACAGAUGACCAGGCUACUUUGGUUGGCUACUUUGUAAACAGGGAUGAUGAACCUCAGACACCAGACCUACCAAAUGGUUCACCAUUCAGCCCACCGGAAUAUGCUCAUCAGUCCUCCAGGUUUGAAUACUCCAGCCACUCAAAAUUUAGCCACAUUCCACAAAGCCCUCAUAGAGGUCGUCAACACUUCAUGAAUCUUGAGCAUACACCAACAGAAAGCAUUCCAAAUAUUAUAAUGGAUGAUGAAGAUUUCCCAACACCAACUGAGGAAGGUGAUUGGUUCAAGCGGGAGACCUCAGCAUACAGGCUGAAUGUUCCAUAUGACAAGAAGGGAUCACCAAGACCUGGUGCCCGCAUUGUCCAUUCUUUAUCUCCAUCACAAUCCCCAUCACACACACCUGGUAGGAUGUCACCAGUUUUCCUGUCCUCUGAGGAUGGUCAUCCUGUUGAAUUGCUACCAAUACCACGAGGUAUGGUAACCCGUCUCUCUGAUCUUCUGUCAGAUGGGAUCCCAAGUGAUGACGAAUCUGUACUGCCAAUGAGCAGACUGUCGGAGAUGAUCGAGAAGCAUCGUGAACUGAGCCAACCGCCAAAGUGGUCCCCGAGAAGUGACCUAUCAACAUCCACAUCCCAGGAUCCUGAGUCUGAAGUAGACACAACUGAUUCAGACUCUGACACUGAAUCAUUCAGUGCUGUGAUGGAUUUCACUGAUCCAUUCCUGCACGAGAAUCCAAACUUCUGGCGAGGAGGUCCCACCGACUUCACAACUUCAUCUACCAACUCUGAUGUCAGCUCUGAUGACGACGAUGUCACUGUGUAUGGGGACUGCGAUGUCUACUCAUUUGACCUGCCCUUUUUUGCACCUUCCAAGCCAAGUAGGUCCCCACAAGAUGCAUCCUGGAUGCCUGGUGAGCCACCUCGCAAGAGGCACUCAGUCAUCAAAAUCGACCGUCAGCGAGUCAGGGAAGAGUUGAGUAUGUCUGAAGUCGUCCUCCCCGAUGGGCCCCCUCGUCUCACUGGCUACAGAAUUAACAUGGACGAUGGCAAUUGGCAACGAGACAGGUACAGCAAUCGGCUUUCAAGAUCGGAGCCGGAUCUCUACAGAUCCACCACCAGCAAUACCACUGUCACAUCGCCGCCAUCUUACUCAACUGCAUAUCCCUACACCAAGCUGGGGAGCAGCAGAAGACACCCUGCUCCGGAACAGCUGAUGGUGGAUGCUGGAUCCAUGCCAGCUCUCUCGGCAGAGAUCAGGUAUGCCAAGCUGGUGAAGAAGCAAGAAAUCAGCCACACCCAGCAGUCCAAGUACAGCAGGCUUUCACACUCAGACCCUGACUUGGCCUCAUGGCAAGAAGAGCUCUUUGAUGUUGGGCACUUUUAGAUGGACAAAAAGAACUGAUUUGAGUAUUUAAUACUCCAAGCAGCAUGUAGUUUAUUGCUGCUAGUUUCAAGUAGGCAGUUGCCUCCAAAAAUGUGCACUUUAUAACAGCAAAAUGAUAGAGCCAUUGGCAAUGCGAUUGAUAAUCCAUCUUUAUGCACCUGAAAAAAAGUUCAGGAUCGUUGUGCCCUUGUAUAUAUUGUUAACAUGAUUUGAAAGUUGUACUUAGUUAACUAAAAAACCUUAACAAACUACCAGACUGUUUUUGUUUAGAAUUGUGUUUAAAAUGGUAAAUGAUUUCCAUUUAGGUAGUAUUGCCAUCUCAAGAACUGGCUUAAAAAGUUUAUUGAAUCACUGCAAAUUUGUAAAUGUAAGUGCCCCUUUUGUAAAUUAGAAAUUACUUUUUAUAUUAAGGUUGAGUGGUUUCGCUGUAUAUAUAUAUAUUUGUACUUCAUAUGUGUAAUGAGUAACUAAAUCACAAAGUACAUAUACUUUUACCGACUUUGUAACAAAAACUGUAGAUUUAUAUCACAAAAGUAAUUCACAGGGAAAUCGUCAACAUACAUAGCCAGCUAUAUUGUAACGUUGUAUUUAAGUAUAGAUAUUUCUAUAAUAGGCAUACAAAAAUUGGUGCAAGUUUUUUUUAUAGAGAUAUCAUUGAAGCAAAGUGGCUAUAAGCAUGACUGUGUAGUUAACUUUUUCAAAUACAGUUUUAAGGUAACAAAUGUAAGUAUCUAUGCAUUGUACAUGUAAUUUGGAAGCGAUUUCAAUUAAAAAAAAAAAUAGGGCUAUUCCAGCUUGCAUGCCAGAUUCACAAAACUCCACUUACAAACUAUGGUAGUGUACAAUGUACACAACCAGUGGGGCCAUAGAAUGUGAAAUUAUUACACCGAUUUCUGUAAAAAAAAUAUUAUAAUGCAGGUAAAAGCACUAGCCAGAACCGAAUAUAGUGGACAUUUAGAGUGUGAUUGUAAUUAAGUAUGCGAAUGAAAUAUGUAGCAUUAUCUGUUGAAGUGGCGUAGGAUAUAAAGCAAAUUAAAGUAAUUCAUAUGUCUGUGAUUCAACUGUAAAAUUUUGUUUAUGGGAAAGUUACUAGGUUGAUCUUGUAUUAUUUUUUGGAGAAAACACAGCCCAACUUGUAAUUUUCAGAUUUGUAUAUUUCAAACAAUAAGUAAUCAUUUAUAUACUGAACUGAGGAAACAUAAACUUUUGAAGGUUAUGGUGCAUUUGACAAAAAACUAUAGGCCUAAAAAAUAUAUAUUUUUGAAGUAUUGCUUUGCAGUUAGUUUUUACUUUUAUAUCUCUUCAUAAUGUAUGUAAGGUUUUUAUUAUUUACUCACUUAGUAACUUGUGCAAAGUAUGAGAAAGGUGCUUGAAUCUUAAUAUUUUUAGGGAACAAUCUUGAUUUUACUCUGUAAUUAAUGUUGUUAGGGACAACAUAUGACAGAUUCACUCAGCAUGUAUUUGAUGUCAGAUUUAGGUAAUGCUUUGUCUUUGUUAAUGUUUUCUGUAUGUGUAACAACACUGAAUCUCUGCUUAGGUUAUUACGUCUGUUUGUACAUAAAUUCUUCCAAUAAUUAUCUGCAGCUGCCUCAUGUAUUGUUAACACUCUGACUAAACAUUGCAUCUUUCUGUAUUAAUCUCUCCUUUAUAUUCAAUGCACAUGUAUACUUCUAUAGCAUCUCAAACACAAAUUGGGCGUUUUUUUUUGGUGUAAAGUAAGUAAGUUACAGAUUUGUUAUCAAUUAUAUGUAUAGGUGUAUUUAUUGAGUUGUAUUGGAGUAUGUAUUUAUGUGACCAGUUCUUGUAUGUAACACAAGUUGAAAAUCUUACUUGUUUGAGCACAACUUUGAAACAAGACAUGAAAAAGGGAAAGCUAAGGAAAGUCAGUCUUUUAUUCCACAAUGAAACCUGUUAAUAUUCUUUGAAUGCCUUUUGAAGGUAUCCCAAACACAUACACUCAUUUUCUAAGAUCUGGUUAAAUAUAUAAGCAAUGAACUAUUACUUUAUUUUGAAAAUGAUUAGAGUGAUCAUAUAAAUGAAAUGAUGUAAUCAAGGUAGUAAGGGGAACAAAUAAGUAUUCAGGAGAUAUGUUUUUUUUAAUAGAAUUUGUUUAUAAGUAUGCACAAUAGUGGUGUUUAUAAGAGUGGGUAGAAGUGAUGUCACAUGGGAUGGGUUACAAGUUGUCACUAAUUGUAUAGACCAUGUCACAUUUGUUUACAAAUAUGCAAACUUACAAAUAUACAAACUUACUGCAUCUAUAUCAAUUGAAGUGUCGGUGGUUUUUCAGUACUGAUGCUCACUGUACAAUAGGACGAAAACAGCAUGAGAAAGUUGCUGGGGUAAUUGUGAUGACUAUUUGUGCCAAGGUGACAUGACAGAGAGAUCAUGUGACCUCGGCCAAUUCCGAUGGCGGUGCCGAAUCAUAAAGCCUUUUUCACACCCGUCUUGCCUGCCCAUGUUGAAAUCAACAUGGGCCCACCAUAAGUGGGGGCCACCUGCACUGCAUACGUGGCAUACCUGCAUUCACCCUUAGGUGCUUGGGACUUUACAAAUUACCUUGUUAUAACAGGUACCUUGUAUUAUUCAGUAAUGGAAAACAAAGGAAAACAAAGACUUGGGACCUAACAUUUUUGCUUGUUAUAAGCAGUGUAUUGUAUUAUAAUUUGCUUGUAUUAACAGUGGUCUUCUUAUCAGGGUUCGACUGUACAAGGGUCAGCUAAAGAUUUUGUUUUAUAUCCACGUAGAGCCUCUCAACUAUGGUCUUGACCAGGGUUUGAUUUUACUCGUGUACAAAGCCUGACCUGUGUUCAAGCCAUGUUUUGGAUUCUUUCUCAUGUACAUGUACAAAGGGUUCCCAAAACCUGUGUUGGACCCAGAACACAGAGAUUUUAGAUAGUGUGAAAGGCAUGUCUACAAAGGUCAAAAUAAUACAAAGUCUCUCCCCAUAUAUGGCGUAAUGAACAGGGGUAAUAAUUGUCAUGAUUGUAAAGCGGUUGGAUACUUUGGUAUAAAAGUGCUAUCUAUAAACAUCACGUUAUUGUUACAGGGGUUCAAAACGAAGUACAUGUAUACAAUGACAUCUAUAGCAAUGUGCACAUUUUUGUUUUUAAUAUAACAUUACUAGUCUGCAUUAUAUAUGACUUGAAGCUUUGCAUGGCGGAUGAGAUAAAUUAAAAAAUGUGCGUGUAGUAACACCAUUGGGAAAGAUAUCUCUUCUUGGAAGAAGUGUGGUUCUGAAAAGAACCGGUUCUUUUCAGAACCACACUUCUUUCAACAAGAAAUAUCUUCCACAUGGUGUUACCCACAAAUUUUAUAAUUUAGUCUGCAUUACUAGUCUGCUGGCAAAGGAAAUUGCUCUUGAGGAAGAAAGCGUAGUUUUUUUAUAUUUUGUUU